CCUUUCUCUCUCACUAAAAGUCAAUAAAAAAGAACUUAUUUAAACUUAUUUGGGGGCAGUUGUAUCUCUGUCACUACUUUCUCAGCUACUUCACACAACUGAAUAGACUCAGAGUAGCCCCACAAUCAUGCAAAGUAAUUUAGACAUUAUUUUACAUCACUAUUUUAUCGAUGCUUAUGAGGAAAUUCUUACUGAUUUUUCUAAUUUUUUAACCUCUUUUCAGAAAACUAGGAGGAUUUCUCUGGGAGAUAGAUAUAGCUUUGUGAAGCCAACUGAUUCAUGGGGAAAUGCCCACCUUUUCUUUGUUCAACUCAACCAUUUUUGCUUCCUAGGAAUAAAGGGAAGAUGAAGGAUCGACUUCAAGAACUAAAGCAAAGAACAAAGGAACUCGAAAUCUCUAGAGACAGGCAUGUGUCAACUACAGAAGCAGAGGAACAAGGAAGGAUUCUGCAGCAAGCUGUUAUUUAUGAAAGAGAGCCUGUAGCCGAGAGACACCUACAUGAGAUCCAAAAACUUCAGGAGAGUAUUGACAGUUUGACAGACGAUGUUCAAAAAUUUGGGCAGCAACAGAAAAGUCUGUUGGCUUCAAUGAGAAGAUUUAGUCUCCUUAAGAGAGAGUCGGGCAUUACGAAAGAGAUUAAAAUCCAAGCAGAACACAUCAAGAGAGGUUUGGAUGAUUUGGUAAAAGAAGCAAAAAAAUCAGAGGCUGAAACGGGUCCAUCAUCAGUGGUCACAAGGAUACUUAAAUCUCAGCAUGCCGCAAUGUUCCACCACUUUCAGCAAACCAUGCUGAUAUACAAUGACACAAUAGCAGCAAAACAAGAGAAGUGCAAGACAUUUAUUUUCCGUCAGCUUGAAGUUGCUGGAAAGCAAGUGCCGGAAGAAGAAGUAAAUGAUAUGCUUCAUCAAGGAAAAUGGGAAGUUUUCAAUGAAAGCUUGCUUACAGAAAUCAAUAUCACUAAAGCACAACUCUCAGAGAUAGAACAGAGACACAAGGAACUUGUUAAUUUGGAGAAUCAAAUGAAGGAUUUAAGGGAGCUGUUCAUUCAUAUAUCUCUUUUAGUAGAAGAACAAGGAGAAAGCAUCAACAAUAUUGAAAUGACAGUGAAUGGUACAAAAGAGUAUGUUAACACUACUAAAGAGAAAUUUGGCCUAGCUGUGAAAUAUAAAAAAAGAAAUCUUUGCAGGGCACUGUGUUGUUGGUGUUGUCCAUGCUGUGGCUCAAAAUAAACAAUCUGUUUUAGAAAACU